CUUAUUCCUAUGGUACAAAUUAUAUCUCUUGUGACCAUAGAGGUCACUGAAAAUGACCUUAUUAAGCGAUGCGAGAAAGAAGUGGGAAAGGAAUGCUUAAGUCCUGAAUGGAAGGAUUAUAAGGACGGCGAUGAAGUUAUACUUAGGGAUAAUACAGCAGCAAUACUUGUUGAAGUCUCUGAAACAUCAGCCCAAAUUAGGUUUUACCACUACGGGUCUACUACUAAAUUUUUAAAAACAGUAGCACCAUAUCAGUAUAAAUUACACACAGCUAUUAUACCGUGGGAACCAGGGUUAGGAUUUGUUUGUUAUGGAGAAGAUGAGGAUAGUAAUGGUUUGAAGAUAUAUAAGACGUGUAAAAUAGGAAUUGUUAAGGUUGCUUCUUAAAUAUAGUAUGCCGAACUUAUAUAUGUAAGAGA